AUGAGUGAGAAAGAGGCCAUUGAUGACAGUAAAGUGAAUGAGGAAAACAAUGAAGUGGAUGGGGAAAACAAUGAAGUGGACUUUGACUUACAGCCUAAAGUAGAAGAAGAGCUCCAGGACUCAGAGAAGCAGCUCGGUCAGGCACAGACCCGGCUCUACAAGAAGCGCUGGAUUAUAGUUUUCCUCUUCAGCAGCUACUCUCUCUGCAACUCUUUCCAAUGGAUACAGUACGGGAUCAUCGGAAACAUCUUCAUGCACUUCUACAAUGUGGACGCCUUCACCAUAGACUGGAUGUCCAUGAUCUACAUGCUCACGUACAUCCCGUUCAUCUUCCCUGUCACCUGGCUCCUGGAUAAGAAAGGUCUCCGCGUCAUUGCGCUUGUGGCCACGGCUCUGAACUGCGCCGGUACGUGGAUCAAGGUCCUGAGCGCCAAACCAAACCUGUUCGCAGUCACAUUCUUCGGACAGUUUCUAUGCUCCUUCGCUCAGGUCUUCAUUCUGGGGAUGCCCUCCAGAAUCGCCUCUGUGUGGUUUGGUUCACAGGAGGUGUCCACUGCCUGCUCCAUCGGAGUAUUUGGGAAUCAGGUAGGUAUUGCCAUCGGAUUCCUGGUUCCUCCUAUUCUUGUCCCAAAUGUUGAAGACAAAGACGAGCUGGCUCAUUAUAUCAGCAUUAUGUUCUACAUCACAGCAGGCGUGGCCACUCUCCUCUUUGUGCUGGUCAUCUUUGUGUUCCAGGAGCGUCCCAAACUGCCCCCCACCCAGGCUCAGGCCGUGGCUCGCAGUAUCCCUCCUGAGCAGUAUUCCUACACCGCUUCCAUCUUGAGACUGCUUCGCAACAAACCGUUCGUUCUCCUGAUCAUCACAUAUGGUUUGAACGUGGGUUGUUUCUAUGCUGUCGGCACUCUGCUGAACCGAAUGAUCCUAGAGCAUUACCAAGGAGAAGAGGUGAAUGCUGGGAGAAUAGGCCUUACAAUAGUCAUAGCAGGAAUGUUGGGGUCUCUCAUCUGCGGCGUGUGGCUGGAUCGAACCAAAACAUACAAGCAGACGACUCUUGCUGUGUACUUCAUGUCUCUGGUGGGGAUGAUCGUCUACACUGCCACCCUCAACCUUGGGCACCUGUGGGUGGUCUUCAUCACAGCUGGAGCUCUUGGUUUCUUCAUGACGGGAUACCUGCCUCUGGGCUUUGAGUUUGCAGUGGAACUGACCUACCCAGAGUGUGAAGGCACGUCCUCAGGCCUCCUCAACUGCUCAGCGCAGGUUUUUGGCAUUAUAUUCACCAUCUGCCAGGGCAAGAUCAUGGACGUCUAUGGCACCCUGGCAGGAAACAUCUUCCUCUGCGUCUUUCUACUGAUUGGCGCAGUAAUGACGGGUUUUAUCAAGUCUGAUCUUCGCAGACAAAAGGCAAACAAGACCGCGGAAGGGCAGAUGGCCGGACUGGACUAUGGAGCCACAGCACUAAUCACAGACAAGACUCAGACUCCACACCCUCCUCCCUCUCAGGAAUAA